GAGCGGAGCCAUCCGACAUCCUCGAGACGUGCAGCUGCCAGGGUGGAUGGGAUGAUUUCUCUGACAACCAGCGUUACCAACCUUGUAAAAUCAUCACUGCGAGGGGAUCGUCCAAUGAACCGAUAUUCUUCAAUUACCUAUGAUCCGAUUGGCGACGACCUCAGUUCGUUUUCCAACCCCCUACCAACACUAUUACGCCAAGUUGUACUAUCAGUGCGGACAGAAAUCGAUACUGGAUCGGAGUCGAUUCUCAAACUUACCACAUUGAUUGGAGAUCCAAGGGUAUCAGGGGCCGUCGAGUCUGUCCUGAAUGCUUUAAAAAAGUGUUAUAAGUCGGUCGAUCACAUUUUUGGCGCGCCUGAUGCCCCUCAAAUCCUUUCGUCCACGCGAGGAUUGCUUACCGCGCUCCACCAGGCAUUGCACGAACACCUGCACGCGUGUCAUGGGGUUCAAAGAGCACGGAUAAUUUCGAGUAGUUUCUUUGAGUUAGUGAACUAGCUGAAGCAGUUGCUGUAAACUGCAGUUCUUGAUAUUAUGUUUCUAGAGAGUUGCCUAAGGUGUUUAUGUCAUGGGGACAGGUUGUUCAGACAUCUUCACAAAAUGCAGUGUCCAGUGUGGAAGGGAUAUCCACUCUGGCAAGCAGUAUCACCAACCUCUUACAGUCUUCGGCACGUGUAUCCUGCCAACUGCGGCAGUCAAUCGUCUAAUCUUUUCACCAGCUGAAAGGGAAUCCUAAUCGAAAUUCUUCGAUUACCUAUGACCCAAUCGGCAAUGACCCCGGUUUAUUUUCUAAGCCCCUUCCAAAACUAAUACACAAGGUUA